CCUUUCAAAACUGACCUUGAAGGUCUUUGCACUACAAUCUAUAACCAACGUUGGAUACGACUGUCCCACAACUGUCCAACAUGUCGACUGCUACCACAGCUCAGCCGACGGAUGCUGCACAAGGCUCGCAAAGAGGACGACGACGCCCGAGAAAUCGCAAUCAAAGAAACCCCGCAGAACAGCAAGAGGAGGGGCAUGCCCAGAUCGAACAGCAGUCACAGCGGGGCGGGCGCAGUGGUCGAGGAAGGGGACGGGGACGGGGCGGGCCUUCGAUACCUGAUGCAUCUGCUGUUCCUGAAGCCGGUCCUCCACCUGUACAAGAAGCUGCGCAUCGGGGCGGUAGAGGGGGGCGCGGGCGAGGGGGUGGUAGAGGAGGCCCUCACAACGUCAGGUUCCCACAACGCGUGGUUGCGGGCGGUCGACAGUUCGGCGGACAGUUGACGGUUGAGAAUGACGCUAUAUCAGUAGAUUCACAAGCAACGGGCCUACAAGCAGAUGCUCCAGCAUUCCAACCAGGCCAGCCUAUUGCCCCACGCAAGCCACGACCGCCGCGCGAGAAGAAACCACAAGUUCCCAAAUCCACAGCGCCCGACAUCGCCACCAGAACACACGAGGAUAUCAACAAUGGUCACUACGAGUGUGCUAUCUGUACCGAAGACGUCAAGAGACAUUCGCGGGGAAUUUGGUCCUGCAGAACAUGUUGGACUGUGUUCCACCUAGGGUGUAUCAAGAAAUGGUCAACCAACGAGGGCUCCGCGGCCGCUCGUCAGCAGGCGCAGGAUGGCGAAAUGCCUCCCCCGAGGCAGUGGCGCUGCCCUGGAUGCAAUCUACCAAAAGACAUUUUGCCGAAGAAUUUCCAUUGCUGGUGUGAGAAAGAGCUCGACCCUAAGGCGCUACCUGGAUUGCCGCCCUUCUCCUGUGGGCAAACUUGCGCACGACUCCGAAUCCUACCAAAGAAGUGCCCUCAUCCCUGCGGUUCGACCUGCCAUGCUGGUCCUUGCCCACCCUGUGGCUUGAUGGGACCUACUCAGCACUGCUUUUGCGGCACCAAGUUAGUGACUCGGCGCUGUGUGGAUACCGAUUAUGAGCAUGGUUGGAGUUGCGGUGAAGUAUGUGGAGCACUGAUGCCUUGCGGAGAACAUCGCUGCGCACAACCAUGUCAUGAGGGUCCCUGUGGCGCUUGCCAGGUCCGAAUUCCGGCGAGAUGCUACUGCGGCCAGGAACGGAAAGAUAUUCUCUGCUGCGAUCGGGCAGAAGAAAAACACAGCAGUCAGUCCCAUAUGGAAGUGGAUGGCACUGCGACCGUCGAGCAAUGGACUGGGUCAUUUCAGUGCCCGAAUGUAUGUGCUCGUUUGUUCGACUGCGGGAAGCAUACUUGCGAGACGCCUUGCCAUCAGCAAGCAGCCAUCCCUUCUCAUUGCCCACGAUCACCGGAUGUCGUCACACAUUGUCCCUGCGGCAAGACUAGACUGCAGCAGAUGACAAGCACCGCUCGAACAGCCUGCAAUGACCCGAUUCCGAAUUGUGACAAGCCUUGCGGACAGCUGCUUGCUUGUGGCCACCAAUGUGUACAACUGUGUCAUCAAGGAGAUUGUCUACCUUGCCUACAGAAAGGCACAAUAUCGUGCAGGUGUGGCCGCACCACUUCUACCACUAUCUGCCACCAAGGAGUGGAGGAAGCUCCCCAGUGCAUCCGUAUCUGUCGAGUUUCACUCAAUUGCGGACGUCACGAGUGCGGUGAGCACUGUUGUGCUGGUGAGCGGAAGGCAGCAGAACGCCAGUCGAACCGUCGAAAAGCAAGACCGCUUGAUUCAGCACCCCGCCAGCCUGGCGACAAUUUUGAAGCAGAGCAUAUCUGUACCCGUAGCUGCGGGCGCCAACUGAAGUGUGGUAAUCCGGAGCAUCGCUGCCAGGAACUUUGUCACAAGGGUCCUUGUGGAACAUGUCGCGAUGCUAUCUUUGACGAACUAAGUUGUCAUUGCGGUCGAACUGUUCUGCAGCCCCCUUUGCCCUGUGGCACGACCCCUCCGCCAUGUCGAUUCAAAUGUGAGCGACCCAAAGACUGUGGUCAUCCACAAAUAGACCACAGUUGUCACGGAAACGACCAGGAAUGUCCCAAGUGCGCCUACUUGACAACAAAGACAUGCUUGUGUGGCAAGAACGUACUCAAAAACCAACCUUGUUGGUUCAGUGAGGUCCGUUGCGGAGAGGUCUGCGGCCGAACUCUCAGAUGCGGCACCCAUAAGUGUCAGAAGCAAUGUCAUCGCCCAGGAGAAUGCGAGGAGCCUUGUACGCAAGCCUGUGGCAAGGAACUCAGCAUUUGCAGCCAUUCUUGUAUGGCUCCUUGCCACUUCCCUUCUCUCUGCAAAGAGGAGAAGCCUUGUCAGCAUAAAAUAUUCAUCACUUGCGAGUGUCAGAGGAUCAAGCAGGAUGCUAAGUGCAACGCUUCGAGGCACGGAGAAGGAAAUAAUCUGAAAAGGUUGAAGUGCGACGAUGAGUGUGCGCGCUUAGAGCGGAACCACAAAUUGGCGCUCGCCUUAAACGUCGACCCAGAGCAUCAAAACGACCAUGUACCCUACUCAGACGCUACACUGAACAUGUAUCAGCACAACUCCACCUGGGCGGUUGCUCAGGAGAAGCAGCUCAGACUUUUUGCUGCCGAUCCGGACGAAAAACGCCUUCGCUUCAAGCCAAUGCCUAGAAAUCAACGAGCUUUCGUGCAUUCGCUUGCGGCAGAUUUCGGUUUCGAUUCCGAGAGUAUGGACCCGGAGCCUCAUCGACAUGUGGCAAUUUUCAAGACUCCAAAAUUUGUGAUGGCACCAAUGAGGACACUUGCGGAUUGCGCCAGGACUCGUCAAGUACAGCAGCGUAUGCCACCUGCACCUGUGACAACAUCAGCAGCUACGUUGCGCCCGAAGCCUAGCAACACGACUGGCGACCCGUACAACGCCUUCUUGAUUAUGAACCCCCGCUUCGCAUUGACUAUUGAGGAUUUAAACGCCGCUAUCAGGAACGUAUUGUCAACGACAUCCUUUCGACUAGAAUUGGAAGUCAGUUUCCUGCCUAGCGAAGCGGUUGCGUUGAAACCGCCUCUAGCAGCACGUCUCAACAUGCCCGAGCGCGAGAUGCAGACAUUACUAGAGUCUUUGAAGGAGCCACUUUCGCAAGUUCUUACGUCACAAAAGAUGGGAAAGCUGCAACUGGCACGACUCGAUGCCUCCCUCAACGUACUCCGCAAAGAGUCUGACAUCGGCCCCGGCUCUGGCUGGAGCCAAGUCGCAGCAUCGAAGGGCGUUCCCUUGCGUCAAGUACAGAAGGGUGUAUCAUUUGGUAACAGGGGUGGGUUCGCCGUUCUCAGCUUGAGUAGCAUGAAAAAGAAGAAGGAGAAGCCGGCGGAGGUGGUGGAUGACUGGGAGGCCGCUGAGGAAGAGGAAGAGGAGAAGGAGAAAGUAGUAAGCGGACCUAAUAGCGGUGCGGUAAGUGAAGACGAGGCUGUCUCGACAUCACGUUCGCAUAGCGCUGCCGGAAAGGAGGACGAACAGGCUAAAGAGGAGGUUACUCUCACCACACAGCCAGCUCUUGGACGCUGGGCGGAUCUGGACGAUGACUAG